UAAUAAAUAUGUUUUUGUUAACAAAAGUGUUAGUACUUUUAACAAUAUUGACUAUAUCGAUGGCUGAAGUAGAGGAGGAAUGUAUAGAGAAACUGGGUCAGGCUUUCGAAAAAGACGCAAAAGAAUUCAUUAAAAUGAUACGUUGUAUUCUCGAGGGAUAUAAAUAUAUAGACGCAGAGGGGAACAUCAAUUACGAUCAUAUCAAAGAAAACGGACAAUUGACGCAAGACCAUAGAACGAUAUUUGAAAAAGAAUGCUCAAAUAUUACCGGAAAUAACGGGGAUGAAAAAGCGAUGUACUUAUGGCACUGUUUAUCUAAAAUCGACGCUGUAUAAAAAUUAUUCUAUAAAUUCUAUGGGAUGUUACUUGAUUGUAAAAUUUUCAUGAAAUUCCAUCGAAGGCUA